ACAUCUAAGAGGUUAAAAGUAUAGUUCCGUCGUGUUUCGUCGUAUCAGUCGGAUCUCCAUUUUCCUUGUUCAGUUUCCUUGUUGUUGUGAAAAUUAUAAAUGAUUACAAAAUGCCGAAGUACUGCAGUGCACCGAGAUGUGCAAAUUCUAAUAAAAACGGAUAUUGCCUAACAACAUUACCCGACGAUGAAAGAAGAGAAGCGUGGAUUACUGCUAGUGGAAUUACGGAUUGGAAGCCCACAAAAACCGCUGCACUGUGCGAAGUUCAUAAAGCAUUAUCUUCCAAAAAGGAGAAUGCAGAAGAGAAGCUCUUAGUAAUCUACAAGGAAAUGGAAGGACAGUUAAAUAAUAUUAAGGAGGACAAUGAAAUUUUAAAAGAAAGAGUUCAUCGUUUACAAGAUGAUUUGGUACAUAUUAAAUCCUUUGGUUUCCAUAUAAUGCACUAAAUAUUUGAUAAUAUUGGUUACUUCUACCUAUUUUUCAAUUGUACAUAUUUUAUAAAAUGAUUGUUGGCAAAUAACUGAUAUUGUGCUACUACUUCGAUUUCAAUAUCAAUUUAUAAUAGUAUUUCAAUUGUGUACUAAUACUAAUAGUCUUGUAUCGGUAUCGUAUAAUCUUGUAUCUGUAUAAUAAUCUUGUAUAGUUUAUUUAAUAUAUGAAAGCGUGUUACUUACGUCAUUUAAUAGAAGUAAUAAGUAUAAGUUUGUAAGUAGAAUAUAUUAUAAUAAUAAUAUAAUUUUGGAGAAUAAAA